CCGGGGUGACACGUUUCCAUGGGAGAGCGGUGCGCGUGGCACCGCGCGGGGCGGGGAGAGCGGCCGGGCCUUAAAGGGGCCGCGCCCGGAGCAAGGAGCAACGCGAGCGCGGCAGCGGGAGGCGGCUGGAGCAGCGGGGAACCAUGGCAGAGAAGAUCCUGGUGACCGGCGGGGCUGGCUACAUCGGCAGUCACUGUGUGCUGGAGCUGGCGGAGGCUGGCUAUGUCCCUGUGGUCAUAGACAACUUUCACAAUGCCAUCCGAGGAGCAGACGCACUCCCUGAGAGCCUCCGGCGUGUGCAGCAGAUCGUGCGUCAGCCUAUCCUUUUCCAGGAGCUGGAUAUCACCGACGAGGCAGCGCUGCAGGAGCUCUUCAGUAAGCACCGCUUCUCAGCCGUGAUGCACUUUGCAGGGCUGAAGGCAGUGGGGGAGUCUGUGCAGAAGCCCCUGGAGUACUACAGGGUGAACCUCACCGGGACCAUCCGGCUGCUGGAGACCAUGAAGGCCCACGGCGUGAGGAACAUCGUCUUCAGCAGCUCUGCCACCGUCUACGGCGACCCCAAGUACCUUCCCCUGGAUGAGAACCACCCAGCUGGAGGCUGCACCAACCCCUACGGCAAAUCCAAGUACUUCAUCGAGGAGAUGAUUCGAGAUCUCUGCAAAGCAGAGAGGGACUGGAACGCUGUUCUCCUGCGCUAUUUCAACCCCAUCGGUGCUCACGAGUCAGGCAUGAUCGGAGAAGAUCCUCAGGGGAUCCCAAACAACCUCAUGCCCUACGUGGCGCAGGUGGCAGUGGGGCGCCGGGAAUUCCUGAGCGUGUUUGGGAACGACUACACGACGGACGAUGGAACGGGCGUCAGGGAUUACAUCCACGUCGUGGAUCUGGCCAAGGGCCAUAUUGCUGCUUUGAAGAAGCUCAAGGAGAACUGCGGCUGUAAGAUCUACAAUCUGGGCACAGGCACCGGCUACUCUGUCCUGCAGAUGGUCCGGGCCAUGGAGAAAGCCUCAGGGAGGGAGAUCAAGUACAAGAUCACGGGCCGGCGGGAGGGAGACGUGGCCUCCUGCUACGCCAACCCAGCGCUGGCCGAGCGUGAGCUGGGCUGGAAAGCCGCCUUUGGCCUGGACAAGAUGUGCGAGGAUCUGUGGCGGUGGCAGCUGCAGAAUCCCACAGGCUUCAGCAAGAACUGAGCUGCAGCCCCGGCACUCACCGGGCUGCCGUGGGCUGCUCCGGGCCAGCCCUGCCGUGAGGCUGUUGUCAUCCCGGGUGCAGUUCCCACUCCCCCUCCUGCCUCUCACCUGGGGCAGAAAGGCAGGAGCAUCCUCAGCCUCUCCACUCAUCCCCCCCACGUCCUUUGCAUCUCGUAGAGCAGAAACACCAGGAAGAACAGAGCCAGGGCCCAGCUUUGGCACCCAGGGCUCAAGGGGUUGGUGCCUCAAAACGCACGAGCCCAAACUGCAGAGGGAACGGCCCGCUCCCUGCUGCACCCGCUGCCCUGGGCCCGGUUCCUGCCGAGGGUUUCCUCUCCCCCCUCCCACAUCUUUUCCCUGCCCCUCACUGCGGUUUUGGGGACUCGGCCUCAUCUCCCCCCUGCUCCUGAGCCUGGCUGCACGCAGCGCCCCCGCCGCCCUUAGCUUGGGCUAGUGCCUGGUUUUCCUCCCGCGGUGCCAAAGGCUGCCCAGGAGCCGGCUCUGCUCAGCUGUCAAAUACUGGUCCUAUUUAUUACUGGCAGCUCUAACGGCUUCGUUAGGGGAUGACGCAGUCAGCCCAGCUUGCCGUCAGUUGGAUUCAUAACUUAUGCUACUAAAUUAUGAAUUGAGCUUUUGAUUUGUUUUUAAAUAAACUUUCUUACUUUCUAA